GAAAGAUAGAGCCGCGUCGUGCAUGCCUGCCUGGUCCAUCCCUGUGCCGGGGGAGCCCCUCACGUCCUCUGCUGACUUCAAUAAAGGAUGCUGUGGAGUGAAAGCAUCGUGAGAGGCAGGAGGCUCAGAGUGAACCGCGAAUGGCUUCUCCGGCGCUGCUUCCCGCGGAGGAGAGGAGCCAACAGCCCGAUGCUCCCGACGUCCUUGGCCGGGUGUCCAGGAUGCUGCACGUCCGCAAGACGGGCGGAUCAUCAACAGCAGCCGGAGGUGGUGGUGGCGCGCUCCUCCCGGGGGAGGGGGGCGGCUGUAACCCGGCCCGCAGCGGCCAUGGCCGGUGUCAUUCAGCACCAAGGACGGCGCCGCGCCGGGGAGGCGCAGAGGUUACACGCGCUCACCUCGCCGAGGAGAAAGUCCGGAUUUGUUGCGACGAGGAAUUAGAGACAUCUUUUACCUAUGUUGACGAGAAUGUGAACCUGCGGCUGGCCAGCCCGGACACGAGUUGUAAAAGUACCCACAGACCCGUGCGCAACGGCGAGCCGUGCUCCGAGACUGCGCCGGAGUUCUCCUUCAUGUCCGAGGACGAUCUCUCCUUCGGGGAGGGCCCCGGGUCUUCCAUCGACUACGGCUUCAUCAGCGCAGUCACGUUCUUGGUGACCGGGAUCUCCUUGGUGAUCAUCUCCUACGCCGUGCCACGGGACGUGGAGGUGGACCGGGACAGCGUGUCGGCGAGGGAGAUGGAGAGGCUGGAGAUGGAGAGCGCCCGGAUCGGUGCCCAUCUGGACCGGUGCGUCAUAGCGGGACUGUGCCUGCUCACGCUGGGCGGCGUGGUGCUCUCCAUGCUGCUGAUGAUCUCCAUGUGGAAGGGGGAGAUGUACAGGAGGAAGGUCGUGGCGUAUUCCAAGCGUUCGGCCAAGCUGUACGGCUCCAUCAGCCUGAAAACGAGAUCCAGUCCCACCCACUCCUCUGCGCACUUGUCCCUGGAGGAGGACGUGGAGGAGUCUUUGGCUUAAAAUGCUGCUCUGCCUACACUCAAAAAAACGAUUCAAGCCCUUCUUAGAGGUGACACAUUUAAAUAUUGUUUGAUACAUUUAAAUAAAUCAAUUACAAAACGAAGAUAUUUAUAUUGAAUGGGUGUAACACAAAAUGUAUGAAUACUUUCAUUUAUUAGAUUUAUUUAGGUUACACUCACAAAAACGAUGCAAGCCCUUCUUAGGUGACACAUUUAAAUAUUGUUUGAUACAUUUAAUAAAUGUGUUUCAUUG